AUGCUGCGGCGACAUGACCGUGUGUCGCCUCGAGGAAUCGACGUCGGCGCUGCCCUUGCCAGCAGCGACGGCCCGCUGCAACGAACGGCCUCAACUCCAUCUAGUCGCGCCAAGGUCGUGCUGGCGAUGGUAGCGUACACGCUGUGGCAACAUCUCUUGCAAGUGCAUCGCAGCUUUGUCCUCUUGCGCAAGCGGUUCCCCCAUCAAACGUCAUUCAGAGCAAUGCGCAGUUCGUGGGUCUAUGCGACGAUUGUGUUAUUGGGCGACGCGGGCAACCUGAUCGUUGGGCUGACCGCGCCGAAGUUGGCCCUGCGUACGCUAGCGUGUGCAUUGCGCAUGUCGACGACGAACUUUCGCUAUGGCCCACACGCGCGCAACGUGUUGGACCUGUACGGCACAUCCAUGUCGCCAAGCGACCAUCUCAAGCCCGUGGUCAUCUUUAUUCAUGGCGGCGCGUGGGCACUGAGUUCCAAGUUCCACUACGGCGCCGUGGGGGAGACGCUGGAGCGACAUGGCAUCGUCACGGUCGUGCCCAGCUAUCGAACCUUUCCGCAUGGCGACGUUGGCGAAAUGAUGCACGAUCUCGAGGCCAUUGUGAAGUGGACGGUCGAGAACAUUGCCACGCACGGCGGCGACCCGAAACGUAUUACGUUGAGUGGUCACUCGUCUGGUGCGCAUCUGUGUGCUCUGCUGCUUGUACAGUCCGCCAUUCGAUGCAGUCGCGCGGCUCCGACUCUGGCCAACGACAUCGACGUGGUCCACCACAUCCAAGCUUUUGUGGGCCUCAGUGGCCCGUACGACAUCACGGACCACUACGCGUUUGAGCAAAAUCGAGAAAUUGUGCCAUUUGUACGAGCACACUCGAUCUCGCCACUGUACCCGUCAUUCCACGGCCCGCGGCACUUUUCUACAUUCAGCCCCACUGCCCUCGUCGUGAAGGAUGCCCACCUGGAUGCGCGGUUGCUCCCGCCGUUCCACCUGUUCCAUGGCGUAGACGAUUUUGUGGUGCCGCUGACGGCGUCGGAAAAGUUUGCCGCGCAUCUGAAUCAAAUUGGCGCGAAGGCCGUCGUGACGCCAUUUCCUCGAGGCCAUGUUGAAAUCCUCCUCGCCUUGAUGGACGGAUUUCCCGAAUUGGGCGCCAUGAUGCUCCAGUCGUUCCUGGGUGUCGUGCUCAUGCCAACGAUGCCACAUGGCCAGCCCAACACCGCCACCGCACGACAAGUCGGGCGGAACGUGUCAAAGUUGUAG